CUCGCGGCCACAGAUCGCGUCCGGGGGUGCUUUGACGAAAAAAAAGAAAAAAAAAAAGGGAAAAGUCGAAACUCAACGGACGACAACGCCGUACGAGCCGGCCAUCGAUUCCCGUACCAACCACUCGACCGUCAAAAGCGUGUGCGGAGAGCGUAGAAGCGGACGACUCCCUCCCCCCCCAGUCUCAAAUGUCCUCGCCAUGGACUGAUUCGCCGUACAUACGCUCCUUGCUCGCAGGAGCCGUGGCCGGCACGACGGUCGACCUCUCGCUGUACCCGAUCGACACGCUCAAGACGCGGCUGCAGUCCUCGCGCGGCUUCCUCGCCUCGGGCGGCUUCCGCGGCGUCUACCGCGGCGUCGGCAGCGCCGUCGUCGGCUCCGCGCCCGGCGCCGCCCUCUUCUUCGUCACGUACGACGGCGUCAAGCGCGCCCUCGCCGCCAGAACCAGCACGGCCCGCAACGCCGCCGGGCACGAGUACGUGGUAAAGGGCGCCGACGGUGGCGCCGUCUCGCACAUGGCCGCCGCCAGCGCCGGCGAGGUCGCCGCCUGCGCCGUCAGGGUCCCCACCGAGGUCGUCAAGCAGCGUGCCCAGGCCGUGCAGUAUCCCAGCAGCGCGGCGGCGCUGAUGGGCAUCCUGGGCCAAAGGAGGACCGUCGGCCUGGUGGGUGUGUGGCGCGAGCUGUACCGGGGCUGGAGCAUAACCAUCAUGCGCGAGGUCCCCUUCACCGUGAUCCAAUUCCCGCUGUGGGAGGGCCUCAAGGCCUGGGCGCUGGCCCGCUCCGGCACGGGCAGGACGCAGGUCUCGGCCGGCGAGAGCGCCCUGUUCGGAUCUGUUGCGGGCGCCGUCGCAGCGGGCAUCACCACGCCGCUGGACGUGCUGAAGACGAGGCUGAUGCUUGCGAGGGAAAAGGUGCCCGCCACGCAGAUGCUGGCCACCAUUUUGCGAGAGUCCGGCCCCGCGGCCUUCUUCUCGGGCAUAGGUCCUAGAGUCAUGUGGAUAUCGAUUGGCGGAGCCGUGUUCUUGGGCAGCUACCAGUGGGUCAUAAAUCAGCUCGGCGGAGAGAAGGGCGAAACAUGAUCAUUUGCAUUCCGGCUUUGUUCUUUGGGAAGCAUGGGGAUUAGAAUUUAGACAGGGUAGUACACUUUCUGCCCACUUGUAGCAUUACUGUAUCAUCACCUCACAAGAUCCUCGACAUUCAACGUCUAUGUACACAGAAUAUUGCAUCAUUGUCAAAAUCUACCCUUGGAGAGAGUUAGAGAAAGAGAGAAAGAAUGAUUCUCGGAAACCUCUGGAAAAAGGUGGAAAUUAUGUCCAAUUGCCCUCUGGCUUCUUGACACCACCGCUUCCACUUGUAAGUGGC